CGAAAAAAUCAAGGACCUUCAAUUUGUAAACAAAGUGUGACAAUCGAGAAAGAGUCAGGCAUGGCUCUUUCUCAACUUAAAUCAUUAGACACAAAUUAUCUGACAGGGGUUCGAGAAAAGCUCAACCUUUUGUUAGAUAAGAAAAAUGCAAAUCCGGAAGAAAUAACAAAUUUCUUGGAUAGUCUGAACACCCUUUUCUUCGAUCUUAAAAGGAAAGAAUUAGAAUCGUCUGUCAAUGUUCAAGAUUCUGUAAUUUUAGUAUCAGAUGUUUUAAAAAUUGUGAAACAUGAAGAAACUUUUAAAGUUGCCAAGACUUGUCAAAUAUGGGAACAAGUUUUACAACUUCCAAAUGUACACUUAACAAGUCAAGCAUCAGAGCAAUUAAUUGAUUGGAUUAUAAAAUCCCUUAAGAAUGAAAAUCAUUUAAUAUUUACUGACAUUUUCAAUUGUCUUGCUGUGACAGUCAACUUCAAAGAAGUUAAACAAACUAAAGCUUUGGAGAAAGUGCUUAGUCCUUCUGGAUUCUUGAUCAAUAAAUUGAAUGAAGAACAACAAAUUAAUAAUCAAACAGUUCUCAUUCUGAAAAUUCUCUGCAAUUUUACCAACUGUACGGGAGAAAAGGACUGGUCUACAAUAUCAAAGGAUGUAAUUAACACAUGUAUCAUCCAGUUCUUAAAAUUCCAAGAGCAACACCUGAAUUCCGAUCCAAACAAUCUUAACCUUCUCAAGGUUCUUAGUCUUUGUUUCUAUGGAUUAGAGAAUACAUUUGUUAGAUUUACUGCUUCAACAGUGGCUCAUUUGGAAAGUAUCUUUAGUCUAGCACGAUACUACAUGCUUUUUGGAAUCGCUGGUCAGCCACUAAAGUACGCUCCAAUUCGUCCAUCAUCCCUUCCAUUUGUGGAACUUUCUUCCAAGUCAGAUCAGACGAAGAAUCCGAAGGUGAGAAAGAAACGUCCUCCCAGCAAAGUUCAAUCCAAGAAUCGAGAUAGCAACAUCGAUGAAGUUGACAUUGAAGGGCAUUUCCUAACGAAGAAUAAACCGUGGACAAAGAACAAUAUUCCUGUCAGCAGCUCAGACUCGGAACUAUCUGAUUCUGAUGUGCAGUCUCACCAAAGACUGAAAGAAGCCCAGGCAAAGGUCCGCUCCAACGCUUUGAAAAUGUUGUCGGCUGCCUUUAAAUUUUGUGAACAACGAUCCGUAAUGGGUUACUGGUCUGCAUUUUUGCCUGAUUCGUCUCAAGGACAAGUUUACCGCCACUCACUCGUCACCCCCAUUUUGAAGGAUUCUUCAAUCAAAGUGCGGUGUAGCGCUGUGGUUGCUCUGUCUUCGCUUUUACAAGCGAUCCAGCCGACCCUAGCCAUGGCAGCGUAUCAAGAGAAUAGAACAGGGGCUUUUAUUCCCUUGAGCCAAACACUUGCAGAAACUGUCAUUGCAGUACAGCGUUCACUGAUUCUCUCCGUGAGUGCCGAACAAUCAGCCAGUGCUCUUAUCCAGAUUUUCAAAUGCCUUGCAGUCGCAGCUACUGUAUUUCCUUACGAAAAGCUGCCAAUAGAAUUGGUUUCUAAAACUGUUCAGCAAUGCACCCCUUUCUUAGAAAACAAAGAUCCAGAUGUUAAAGUAGCUUGCUUGUCAGUUCUUCGGAUAUUACUUUGCGCCCGUUCUACGAAUUCGAGCAUCGUUCAAAUGUUUCAUGAUGAAAAAACAGGAAAGUGUUGGCUGCUGGAACAUUGUUUAGCAUUGAUUGAUGGCCAAUCAGGAUUCCCAUUAACGUUGGAGAGUCUAUUAGUGAUUGGUGAAGUAGCUCGGUCCAAUAUCCGUGUGGCUCAGCCCUACUUUCAACACAUUGUGCAAUCGGUGUGUCGCAAACUCUUGGCCGAUCAAGAUUCUGGAAUUCAGAUUCGUUGUGCUAAAGCACUAGCGCUUGUUGGUGCCAGCAUUUUACAAGAAAUGGAAAAGGAAGAUACCAAUCAAUUAAUUUCACGCGACGAAGCUAUCCAGCUGUGGAUUUACAUAAUUCGGUAUGGUCUCGCAGACGUACUACAAGCGCCUUCUAUUCCUCCCCUAAAAGCAGAAGCCUGUGCCGCUCUUGCUACUGUUGGAUCACAAAUAUUCGAGUGUUUGCCGCGAGAAUUGAGAAUCCUUUUUGUCACCCUGGCCCUGGGCUGUGCCGUGGAUACUGAUGCUGGUGUUCGAGCAGCUUCCAUACGAACUUUAGGCUUUGCCGUCACCUUUAACACACUCAAUGAUGAUGCAUCGUUUUUGUUGGACAGUUCGGAAAAAAUACUGCCUCUACUUUUAGACAGUAAUCUCCUUGUGGCAUUAAAUGCUAGUUGGGCACUAGGCAAUUUGGCAGAUACAUUGGAUAAAGACCAGAACUCGUUGUUAGAAGAAAUGCCGCGAGAUUUCUUGAUUAAUCUUAUACAAGCGGCCGUUAAUGCGGCUCAGGGGCCUAUGAAAGUUCGUUGCAAUGGAAUACGUGCCCUGGGAAUUUUCGUUAAGAUCAUAACGGAUGUUCCGACUCAAGGAAGUGAUACGGCAAAUUUACUGGAAAAGGCCAUUUCGGUCGUUGCUAAACAAGCUACAACAGGAAAUUUCAUGAAAAAUCGAUGGAAUGCUUGCUACGCGUGCGGAAAUAUAUUGCAAAAUAUCACGCUUCUUACAGCGUUUUCACAUUGGAUGGAAAAAUUACUUGAUAGUCUUUUGAUGGUUUUUCGAAGUUGUCCGAAUUUCAAGGUUAGAAUUUCUGCCGCUAACGCGAUGCUGAAUUUGAAUCAUCGGGAACUUUUGUCGAAUAAUUACAUCCGAAUUUGGUUUACACUCCUCGAUUCACUGGCUAACUCGGAGCAUAUUGACGACUUUUCCGAGUUUCAACACCAUGAAACCAUGUGUCGCCAGAUUUGCAAUGCGUUGUGUAAACUCAUGACUCUAAUGACGAAAGAUGACCUUAGUCAAUUGCAAGAAGCUGUAAUGAAAUACUAUGAUGUUUGUUCUUCUCAUUUUGGCAAGUUUCUCAAAUCAUUACUGCCUGAACAAUUGGAGUUGGUAAUAGAAGCAUCCAGUUUCAUCCGACAGUUAGGUCAACCGAUUGAGUCUCUUACUCAGAGUCAGAAGUCAGCCGUUGAAUUGUUUCAAGAAUUGUUGGUAAUUCCAAGCUGAUUAUUUUUGUUUAAAUAUUCCCAAUCGUUUUUCAAUAAACAGGUUGAAUCUUCAAAAAA